GUUUAUUUUCAGUAGUGAAGAGUGUAUGAUCUCAAAGCACAAGGUCGUGCUGAAUGUUUGGAUCUAUACAGUAAUUUGUCGUUUAGCUCUAUUUCAACCAUCGCACUUAAAAUUUAUUUUGUAAGCUGUCUUGAAAAGGCAUCAUUGAGCACGUAAGAUUCUCUGCUUCACCUUCUACACUCUUCCAUUUUCUCGGUUCACUAACACGCGCUGGAGGCACUGUAAUCCACACCUGCAUGGCAAAGCUGGCAUGGCCCCUUGUGGCGAGGGGGAGCGAAGGGGGAGUAGGCACGAGUGGCAGUCUGGCCUUCCCAAGAGACCGCCCCCUCUUCUAAAGCUCCCCUUCAGACGCGCCGCUGGGAAGGCUGAACGCGAGCCGCAGCUCUCGGCGACGGCGCCCUCCUGCCGUCCCGGUCCACCUGCUUGUACAGCACAAGGUGCCCGCCCGUCUGCGCACCACUCAGGCGCUCUCUCCCCCUCCGGAAGGAGGUAAACUGUACUCCUCCUAAGGGGCUACGCGGUCCUUCCCGGCUUGCUGCUGAUUUCAAGGGAGGAGAGCGACCUUUUCCCUUCCACGUCCCCACCUGGUGGUGCCUUGCGCGUCCCAGGACAGGCUCCUAUGGUGAGGAGGAGGAGCAGAAGCCGGGACUGGGGACCGCCGGCGCCUCCCGUCUGGCCGGGCGGCGGCGGCGGCGGCGACAGUAGCAGGAGGAGGAGCUGCAGCGGCGGCGGCGCGGAACUGGAGCAGCUGCCCGCGAACAUGGCGGCGGCGGCGGAGCAGCAGCUUUCGGAAGCCUUUGCCGUCGCCGCUCCUCUCCCCUUCAGCAGUGGCGGAGGGAGCGCGGGCGGCGGCGGCGGCGGGUCUGUGCCGGUGCUCUUUUGCUUCUCGGUCUUCGCCAGGCCUUCGACGGUGCCUCACGGCUCCGGCUACGAGGUGCUGAUACAGAAGUUCCUGAGCCUCUACGGCGACCAGCUCGACAUGCACCGCAAGUUCGUGGUGCAACUCUUCUCCGAGGAGUGGAGCCAAUACAUCGACCUGCCCAAGGGCUUCCUGGUGAACGAGCGGUGCAAACUGCGCCUCGUGCCGCUGCAGAUACAGAUAACUACAUUGGGCAAUCUCACACCAUGUAGCACUGUGUUUUUCUGUUGCGAUAUGCAAGAAAGAUUCAGACCUGCUAUCAAAUAUUUUGGAGAUAUUAUCAGCGUAAGCCAACGAUUGCUUCAAGGUGCACGGAUUUUAGGAAUCCCAGUUAUUGUAACUGAACAGUAUCCUAAAGGUCUUGGAAGCACCGUUCAAGAAAUUGACUUAACUGGAGCUAAACUUGUCUUACCCAAAACAAAGUUUUCUAUGGUGUUGCCUGAAGUUGAGGCUGCUAUAGCGGAGAUUCCUGGAAUCCGCAGUGUUGUUUUAUUUGGAGUAGAAACUCAUGUAUGUAUUCAGCAGACAGCACUGGAAUUAGUGGGCAGAGGUUUGGAAGUUCAUAUUGUGGCUGAUGCAACCUCUUCAAGAAGUAUGAUGGACAGAAUGUUUGCCCUAGAGCGCCUUGCUCGAACUGGGAUUAUUGUUACCACUAGUGAAGCUAUAUUGCUGCAGCUGAUAGCUGACAAAGAUCAUCCCAAAUUCAAAGAAAUCCAGAACCUCAUUAAGGCAAGUGCUCCAGAGUCAGGACUUCUUUCCAAAGUAUAGACACUCUUGAAAGAAUUUGACCGAGAAAAAUGGAAGUUUUAAAUACAUAAAUACACUCUCUCACAUGCAAACAUAUAAUCUCUCGUAUACACUUACCAAUUGAUGUAUUUUGCUUGCCUCAGCAGAAUUUGUUAUAUUAAGCUUUCCAGGUGCUGGUAUAUUCUAUAGUUAUAGCUCUUUAAGGCUUGGAGUACCAUAGGAACAUUUUCUUGUCAGAACAAAGUUUAAAAAUAGAGGUACAUGUUUGUCAGUAUUGUACCCACUGAUUGUAACUCAAUUCCUCAAAACCAACCCACAUAUUUUUGUGAAACCUUUUUUGACUGAAUAAAUGUACUGUGGAAUUGUUUUACUUUUUGUAUAAUUAAUGCAGUGACAUAGAUGAAUGUGUUAAUGAUGUUUUAACAUUCUAUGAAUGGAACAAUAUUUUAAAUAAAACAGGAUACAUAUGCUUCGGAGGAGAAGAUGGUUGCUUAAUCAUUAGAGAAGUCAAUAACAUAAAUGCAUAACUAUUUGUGGCAUAGCUAGGUUGAUUCUUAAUUAUUCAAGACUUCAUUAAAUGCUGUUGCAAAAUCAUUUAUUGUAAGUUUCUAACUGGAAAAUUGUAUAAUGUUCACUUCAGAAUCCCAAGCAGUUCUGUCAGCUUGUUAAUGGGAAAAUAUGAGAUUGAUGACACUGAAGUAGGAGAUUUUAUUUUACUUGUAAGUAUUCAGAAGAAGAUGCUCAAGCUUCUCAUUUCCAAAUACUAAAAUAACUUCUUUCUGGAUGUGUUGAGGGAUUUAUUUUUAAUCCCUGUAUGUCUAGAUUUAAUGAACUCCAUCUGGUUUCUGCAUUAAUUCAAGUAAGCUUUAGUAAAAAUCUGCAUCAGUUUUAUGCUGCAUUCUGAAAUACAGAUGCUGAAUACUGUUUUAAAAAAGCCUGAUUUAAUAGAGUGUUUUGAUGUACUGUUUUAUAGCUAGAAAUAAAUUUGAGUAACCCUG